AUGAGGGACAUCAUUGAGCCUACCGAACCCAUGGUCGUUCAGACAAAGGUGGAAUGUGGCAGUCGCGAAGCAAAGAUAGGCGCGUCAGGGAUUCUACCAUCCCAGAAGCGCACAAUCAUCGUAUCGCCUAGCCUGGAUCUGUUCAUUCUGCAGUUCGACAAUCCUGACAUGCUCAGCUGGUCUUUGUCAGAGGAUAUCGUUCCCUUCGACACAAUCCCGAGCCCGAUGCAAAUACGGCAUGUAGGGUGGCAGUACCAUCCAAUCUGGGCCUCGAGCUUACAAGACUCUCCAUGGAUUGGAAGCCUUGACUCUUGUGCUCAUAUAUUGUAUACGGCCGAAGUCAAGGGACCGGAGCCCAAGGUCUUCGAAACAGAUAAUUUUCGACUUAUAGAGGUGUUGUUGGAUGAGAAUGUACUUUCGCCGGAGCAGCUGCGGUGGGAUGAGGUGGUCGCAGAGGGUGAUCCCUACACUGUCAGCGACUUUCUCGCCUUUGUGACAAAGCUCCGACUCGCCACUUGCACUGAUCACGCGGUAUGGGUUUCGCAAGACAGGACUCCAUUGGAGCAGUCCCUAGGUCGAGCCCUGCCCGGACUCGACCUUGAAAAACUCGAGGCACUAAACCCCUGGUACAGUCCCGGCAUUACUGUUCCAGGGAGGAUAUACAAAAUCCCUUACGACGAAAGUAUGACCAUCGUCCCACCAGCUUCUUGGGCCGGCGGUUGUCCCAAAACCCUAGUGCUUGACAGUAGAGAGAGGAAGGCAGAGGCCCAAUCUUCAGAACAGCUGGAACAUAUAGUCGCGCGUGCCAGCACCAACGCAGAGAACCUGCUCAGAAUAAUAUCAAGGCAAGGUCUAUUGGCGCCAGCGAUAACUCCAAGGGGACAAAAACGCCUUCUACGACUUACUCAAGCACAAAGGCAGCUCCGAAGACAAUGGGAACAGCCAAUGCAUUGUCCUGCUGGAAGGAAACCCACCCCACAGAAAAGUUUGAUUCAAGCCAAGACCUGA